GGCUUCAUUCACCAUUUUGCGACUGUAGUGUAGAAUGUACGGGGCAGUAGUUUUUUCCUCCUUUUUUAAGUUGCUUCGCCGGAGAAACAUGAGCUAACCGGCGGGCUAAGGACGACUGGCCACCCUGCCCUGUGUCACCAGGCCCGAGUCAGCAGAGAAACACGCCCGGGGAGGGGGGGAGUUACUACAUUAGCUCCGAGUCUAUGGAAUAAGGUGGGCAAGUGCCGAAGUCGCGCAACAAAGACAAGACAGGAUGAGAGAAAGAGGUCCCGGCAGAGGAGAGAAAUAGAGAGAGAGGAGGAAGGAGAAGAAACCAAAAAAAAAAAAAAAAAGUGAGGAAAGAGAGCAAGAGAGGAGGAACGCCAAGGAGAAUCUCUGGGAUAAAUAAAUAAAAAGAGUUGUUUGGAGAAAAGGGCAAACUAGAUGAAAAGAUGAAGCCGUUAAAAAAGCAGGGCCGGCGCUCCCCUCCCUCCACCCGGGCCAAAGGGGGGAAGCGUCGCGGAGCGGGCGAUGCCCCGGAAGGAGGAGAGAAGAGAGACUCUGACGAGAACCAAGACAGAAGCAGAUCCCCUCAAAGCCGAACUCCCUCUUCUUUUUCCUCCAACUCGCACUCGGACUCGUCUCAGGUGGAUCUGAUGAUGAGGGAGAGGGAGCCGUCCGAGGGCGAGGGGCCGCACCGAGAAGGGCUGUCGUCGGAGACGACGGUGUCGCUCGUGAUGGAUCCCGGGAAGCUGUCGACGUCCUCCUCCGACGACAGGCCGGGGAGGUCGGCGGCGGGCUACGGCAGCCACUGUGACAGCGGCGGGAGCAGUUGUAGCAACAGCAGCACGCCGAGCGCCAACAACAGCCCCAACCCCGCCUCCAGCCGAAAGACCGCCACCUUCAAGGCCCGCGUUCCCAAGAAGAAGUACACCUCCGAACACUGCUCGUCUACUACUGCUGGUAACCAUGGCAACCCCGCAUCCUGCACGCCUCCUCCUCUUACUCUGUGCAGUAGUGUCCCCAACCAGGGUUCAACGGGUCCGGGAGUCGACGUCGGCGCCUCGCACUCUGACGGCAACAACCAGAGCAGGGUUCUGAUGGAGGACUUCCACAGAAGGACGACCGGCAAAGAGGGGCCUCGGGACUCUCCGGGACCCCCUACCUUGUUGCUUGGAGUGGAGAGGGAAGGACCUGGAGGAGGAGGAGGAGGAGGUGGAGGUGGUGAUGGGGCGAUGGAUGCAGAGAGAGUGUCGCCCAGCCCCCUGCCACGCUGUUCCUCAACAGACACCGCCAGCGAACACUCCGCCGACCUGGAGGUCGUUGGCGACACGCAUCCCAUCACGCAGAUGUCCUCACAUCCACGCAGCCUCCCCGAUGCACUGUCCGACGCCCUGGCCAAAGGAUUGAAGAAUCAACGCAUCCUCGCCCGCCAGCUCAGGAGAAGAAGCCACGAGGACGGAGGAGUCGACAAGAGGGACGACGGGUGGAGUUCAAACUUGGUGUUCCGGGCCGGCGUCGUCCGUAAGGUCAGCGGCGAAUACGGAAGCCUGGAGGUACAGCUGAACGGGGAGAAGACACUGUGUCGCUAUCCGUAUCGACACGACAGCCCUCCAGGGGUGGUGGACAUUAUCCUAGAUGCCCCCCCACCUGGUGUUCAUCAGAUACCCACUGGCACUCGUGUCUGUGUGCCGUUUGGCAAUGAAGAUGGCCAGGAGGGCCAGUGGCAGUGGUACCGAGAAGGUGUGGUGACCCGGGUAGACACACACCCUGCGGUGGCCAACUGCUACCGAGUCCAGCUCUCCGAGGAAAGAUCUCAUUCUGUCGACGAGGAAGGAGAGAGCAGAGGUCCCCCCCAGGCGGUGUGGGUUUCCCGACAAACACUCCGGCUUCUGGUGCCACCGUGGGACCUGGAUUUACCAUCUGGCGGAGGACGCGAGGGGGACGAAGGGGACCGAGACAAGGACCGAGAGCAGGAGGAAAGGGAACAGAUGGAGGUGGAGCAGGAGGUGUGUCUCCUGAACCGGCAAAUGAACACUGGCAUAGGGUCUAUGUUGGGGAGAGGGAUGCCCUACUCAGGAAUUGUCCCCGUUUCCUCCACUUCGGGCCACAACAUUCCCUCCCCCGUAACUCAACCGUUCGUCCCGCACCUGGCCCCCAGCCGAGAGUGGGAAAUUGAGAAAGACCUGGAGAGGGAGAGGGACCUCCAGAGGAAACAGGAAAGAGAGCGCGAAAGGGACAACAGCGUAAAACAGCAGCAGCAGCAGCAACAACAGCAGCAACACCACACGUACAUGCCACUCACCCCUGAAGAAGACAUGGAGGUGUCCCACUUCAACAUGGUUCCAAUGGGGCCAAUCAUACCCGGGGCCAAACCGAUGACAAUGUCCCAACACCGCCACAUUGUCUCCAAGCCCCCGCCUGGCUACCUCAAUCCCCACCUGUCCGUGGUGCGGGGCAUCGGGAUUUCCCCCGCCCACAUGCCCAUGAACGCCCACGCCCCUCCUUCACCUGUCCUGUUAGGCCUUGACCCAGCAUCUGCAGCAGCUGCAGCAGUUGGUGCUGUCAUUACCACCCCCCAGCUCCCUCCCCUGCCUCCCAUCUCCUCCUCCACUACAUCCUCAUCCAGACUAGAGAAGGCCUCAGGGGGAGGUUCUGGCAGCGGCGGAGCAGGUGGUGGCGGUGGUGGUGGCGGUGGAUCCGGCUCGGGUUCGACCUCCUCCUCCUCGUCGCGCUCCCGCACUCCGCUGACGGCCGCCCAGCAGAAGUACAAGAAGGGAGACGUGGUGUGCACGCCGACGGGAAUCCGCAAGAAGUUCAACGGGAAGCAGUGGAGGAGGCUGUGCUCCAGGGAGGGCUGCUCCAAGGAGUCCCAGCGACGAGGAUACUGCUCCAGGCACCUCUCAAUGAGGACCAAGGAGAUGGAAGCCAGCGGCGGCGGCCGGGAACGGGGCGGAGCCAGCAGCACGGGGACCCUGACGCCGUCCGACCUCCGGCUGGGCGGGGGUCGAGCCAGCUCGGAGUUCGACUGGGACGAGACGUCGCGGGAAAGCAGCGAAGCCAGCAGCCGCGGAGGAGACUCCCGCCCCCGCCUGGUCCUCCCUUCGCUGCUGCCCCAGGACCUCUCUCGAUUUGACUUUGACGAGUGCGAGGCGGCGACCAUGCUGGUCUCUCUGGGCGGCUCCCGCUCUGGGACGCCCUCGUUCUCCCCCAUCUCCAAUCAGUCACCCUUCUCCCCCACCCCGUCGCCCUCCCCGUCGCCUCUCUUCGGCUUCCGCCCCGCCAACUUCAGCCCCAUCACCGCGACUUCCUCGCGCCGCCAUCGUCACCUUAGUGGUACUAAGAUGGGUACGCCCGGUGCUGAGAGAGAGCGCCACCUGUCAGGGAUCGUGCCUACGUUUCAGACCAACCUCACUUUUACUGUCCCGAUGAGCCCCAGCAAGAGGAAGCUCGACUCCCACCCGCCUCCCCCACUGCCUUCGAUCCAGGACUACCAGACCAAACCUGAGCAGCAGCAACUAGUGGGAGUAGGGGGUGGGAUGGUGGGAGACCCGACCCAGGCUCACAGCCCCGCCGCCUUCAGAGUCCUCUCCCCGCAGAGUCAACCCACAACCCCCUCCUCGCUCUCUUUCCCCCGUCCCCGAAGCGCUACCAGCAGGCCGCCGUCCUCCGCGGCCUCCACGCCGCCGCCCAUGCUCGUGUCCCCGACUCCUCCCUCCCCGCUGCCCCAGGAACCCUCGCCACGCCGCAUCGUGCCCCUCCGGGACUCCCCAGUCAUCGUCCGCAACCCGGACGUCCCGCUGGCCAAGUUCUCCGACGGCCCCCUGGGAAGGAGAGAGAGAAGCAGGUCGAGGGAUCAACACCAGCCCCAGCACGCGGCUCCUCCGGGCCUCCAGGCUCCCGUCCCCAUCAACGGUGCUGCCACCAACGGCGCCGUGCUCCUGCGCAACCCCACACCCACAUUGGUCCUGGUCACCUCCAGUUCAUCCUUGACUCCAGCCACAGCCGGCCACUCUUCCCUCUCCAGCCCGUCUACGCCCGGGUCCAUGUCGACCUCGUCGGGCUCAGUCCUGUCCUCCUCCGGUUCUGGAGGCAGGGAGCGGGAGAGGAAACCCGAGGGACACCAGGAUGCCUCUGGCGGGCCGCUGCCACAGCCGGUGGCCUGCCACCCCACGCCGACGGCGCUGCUGCCGCUCAUACUGCCAGCUGAGUCGUCUCACCCCGUUCCACGCAAGCAGAUCAUCAUGGGACGCCCAGGCACCGUUUGGACCAACGUGGAGCCUCGCUCGGUGCCAGUGUUCCCUUGGCACUCGCUCGUCCCUUUCCUGGAGCCCAGCCAAUCAGGAGCGGCUGUGCAGCCUGCCGACGGCCAACAGCUUGUCAAUCAGAGCAAAGAGCCUCGCUUCGGAGUGGCCCUGGUGAGCGAGGGGCGGGCGGACGCUCCAGACCCGGACAGAGGAUCGCCGUCGUGCCCCGCCCCGACCAAUGACAAUCCUCCCGCAGACAGGGGCGGGGCCGACAGCGAGACGGAGAGCGACAUAGACGACCCGUUUUCCCCGGGUGGGGCCAACGAUGCAGCGCCUUCCACUGGACCCAUAAAGAGACGCACACAGUCCCUCAGCGCCCUGCCCAAGGACGGAGACAGGAAGAGGGAGAAGGACCACAUCCGCCGACCCAUGAACGCGUUCAUGAUCUUCAGCAAACGCCACCGGGCCCUGGUGCACCAGCGACAUCCCAACCAGGACAACCGGACAGUCAGCAAGAUCCUGGGGGAGUGGUGGUACGCUCUGGGUCCCAACGAGAAGCAGCAGUACCACGAUCUGGCCUUUCAGGUGAAGGAGGCCCAUUUCAGAGCGCACCCCGACUGGAAAUGGUGCAACAAGGAUCGCCGAAAGUCUCUUUCCGAGGGCCGCGGGACCCCGAAGGAGCCGCGAGAGAGGAGCAUGUCUGAGAGCAUAGAUGCCCAUACAGAGUCCCAGGUGCUAGAAGGGAAGGGGGGAGGCCCGGGCUGGCCGGGGGGCUCGGAGCGUCGGGGAGGGCUCCUCGUGGGGCAGCACCCCCGUCCCAGAGCCUUUUCCCACAGCGCCGUGCACACCCUGGAGCAGAGGGAGAGGGAGCGAGACCUGGAGAAGGAUGACGGAGCCGGUUUGUUCCGCAGCCGUCCGCCUCCUCAGUCCCUGUAUCAGGGCGGCGCCAGCGAGGACGUGACCAGCGACGAAGAGCGCAUGGUCAUCUGCGAGGAAGAGGGCGACGAUGAUGUCAUGGAGGAUUCGUGUCCCGAAGGCUCCAUCGACCUCAAAUGUAAAGAGAGAGUGACGGACAGCGACGAGGACGAAUCAGACGGACAGCAUGGCUUCCAGGCGGCGGCGGCGGCUCGCUCUUCUCUCCCCUCCUCCUCCUCCUCUCCCCCGAUCCCUCACUCCGACUCCACCUCAUCUAAAGGGAACGGAGGAGGCGGAGGAGGAGGUGGAGGAGGAGGUGCCGAAGAUGGAUCUGAGAAGAAGAGAAGCAGAGGCAUGGACGGAGGAGAAGAAGGGAGCGAUGGAGCUCUUAAGAGAGAGGAGAUAGCAACAAGUGGAGGAGAUGGGAGUGGAGGAGGAGGAGGAGGAGGAGUCUCCUCUUUGUCCGUCGCAGGCUCAGUGUCCCAGGCUCCUCUGACUCUGGCUCAGCUCGGAGGCGUCCGCAUGGCGUCCACCAUGGUGACCAGCGUGGUCCGGCCCAUCGCCAGCACGCCCAUCCCCAUCGCCAGCAAACCCGCGGAGGGAGCCGUCACCCUCAGCUCCCUCCCGCAGGACAAGAAAGCCACUCUCCUGAUUGGAGGAGGAGGCGGAGGCGGACCUCAGCAGCUGCCGAUCGCCGCAGGGGGUGGGUACCUCUCAUCCUCCUCCUCCUCCUCUUCCUCCUCCUCCUCCUCCUCGUCCUCCUCCUCCUCCUCCUCCCCCGGUCCAGUCAGUGUUACCCCGGUGGGAGGCAGCAGCCUGGUCACUAGCCUAGUCCUGGGAGGGUCCUUCCCCGCUGCCCAACCGUUGCAGCUCCUCACCCCGCAGACCCCCCUACCUGUCCUCCACCCCGCCGCGGCCACCUCCUCGCCCCCUCAGCUCACCCUGGCCAAUGGUGUGCACUCGGGGGCGGGAAUCAGAGUCAGCCCCGGGACUAGAGUCCAAACCCCGUCGCCGGUCGUGCAGGGCAAUGUGCUGGUUCCCAUGGCAACAGUGAGAACCGGGUCUACUCCUCCUCAUCCUUCCAUCUCCCUGGUGGCCCCUCCUCUUCCCGUGCAGAACGGCCCGGCGACGGGAAACAAGAUCAUCCAGCUCGCUCCCAUGCCCGUGGUGCAGACCGGCGUUCACCCCGGCGGCGCCGCAGCCGUGCAUCCCGGGAGCCCCUUCCCCGUUUCCGUGGCAACCGUGAUGGGUCCCGGCGCCGCGCCCCCACACACCGUUCUCCUGACCUCCCCACCCACCAGGAUAACCUAUGUCCAGUCUAGCCCGGGAGUCACCACGGCAACGCCCCAACCGGGCCCCCAGCCUCCGGGCCCGACGUACCUCGCCAUCACCCCCGCUGGCCAGACCCUGGUCCAGCCCAUCGUCGGCCCCCCCCUCAGCUGUCAGUCGCAGGCUUCCCCGGGACAGACGGCGGCCGCCUCUGGUCGUCAGGUACUUACUGCCAUCUACCCUGCACCAGCCGUCCCUCUGGCCACCGGCGUGGUCUCCGUGACAGCCGUGCCGUCCUCAGCGGCGGCUCCAGCCCAGGACGCGAUGAACCCGCCGUCUCCGCCGGCGACGGGGGCGCAGGGCUCGUCGGUGGCGACGCCUCAGCCCGGCGCCGGGCUGGAGGUGACGGUGAAGAGCGAGGUGGACUCUCAGGCUGACGAUGGAGGUCAGGGGUUGUCGAGCUGUGCCAUCGGCUCCUCGUUUGCCACCUGUGCGAGCGGCGGCGUCCUGACAGUGAAAAAAGAGGAGGACAUCAAGGAGGAAAUUGUGAGUCGGGACGGACACGGCCGAGAGAGACAGAGUGAGACGGACGAAGAGCGAGAGCGAGGGAUGAGAGAGAACAGUGAAAAGAAGAGAGGCAGAGAGACGGAGAGGGAGGACCAGACAGGCAAAGAGACCGGACCUCGUACUCCUCCUCCUCCGCCUCCAUCCUCAGGUCUGGACCCUCCUCCUCCGCCUCCCUCUGCAGAGAGGGAUCCCCCCUCCUCCUCCAAGAAGACCAAGUUUCGACCCCCGCCGCUCAAAAAGACGCCGGACUCUCUUGAAAAGGUAUUAUCGGAGACGUACUUCGAGGAGCGUUUUGCUGAGCUUCCAGAGUUUAACCCGGAGGAGGUCCUUCCCUCGCCCACUCUGCAGAGUCUGGCCACUUCGCCCAGAGCCAUCCUGGGAAGCUACCGGAAGAAGAGACGCAACUCCACAGAGCUCGAGCCGACAGCAGAGGAGCCCAGCUCCCCGAGGAGAAAGACUCGCCGCCUGUCCAGCUGCAGCUCGGAGCCCAACACCCCGAAGAGCGCGGCCAAGUGCGAGGGAGACAUCUUCACCUUCGACAGAGCGGGUCCGGAGGCCGAGCUUCCUCUGGGAGACUUGGACAGGGUCCCCUUCUCGUCUCUACGCAGGACGCUGGACCAGCGCAGGGCCCUGGUCAUGCAGCUCUUUCAGGAGCACGGCUUCUUUCCCUCAGCUCAGGCCACGGCCGCCUUCCAGGCGCGCUACUCCGACACCUUCCCCAACAAGGUGUGCCUGCAGCUGAAGAUCCGCGAGGUCCGUCAGAAGAUCAUGCAGACGGCCACGUCCGGGACCCUCGAGGCCGAGGCCAGCCCCGCCCCGUCCCACAGCUCCUCUUUCAAUCAAUCAGCCCGGGAGGACGGAGGGGCGGAGCAGCAGGGAGACAAAGGCCGGAGCCCCGAGGAGCCGAGGAGCGACGGAUCGUGAGCCGGAGAGGAUGACGAAGCAGGAAAAGAAAAAAAAAAAAGAGAGAAAGAAGAGGGAGAGAGAGGAGUGUGUGUGUGUGUGAACCAGCGGGAUGCGUUUCUACUGGCACUAAUCUCCACCAGACCUGGGCAGAAAACACGGAACAUGGUCACAAAUAUUCAAACUACUCAAGGCGCGCUUGGGUCGUCAAAUCUGUAAGACCUUAAAAAAAAAAACAAAAAAAAACAACAAAGAAGAAAAGCCUCAAAAGUGGUCGAAUCACAUGCAAGUCACGACGAGUCAAGUGCUUCUUGUAGUGUUGUUUUAUUUUUUUCCAAGUAUUCUGAAUAGUUUGAGUUAACACUUUUGCCCAGGUCUGCUCUCAGCACAUUUGUACAGUAGUUUGUAGUUUGACACACAAACUCUGUGGUACACACUCUCUAUCUCUCUGGCACACACAUACAAACCAACCCUGGUGCACAUGUAAUCUCCAGCACACACACACAUACAUGCAAACACACACACACACACACACUUACCAAAUCAGACUGUUACUCUUGGUUGGCAGUCCCCAGGAGCCGCUACCAAGGACCAUGACACACAAAGGCACUUUGUCACUUAUUGUGCAGAUGCAGUUUGCUGUUGCCAGCCAGCCAGCCAGCCAGCCAGCCAGCCAGCCAGCCCUCAGAUGCCAUUGACUUGACCUCCUUCUCGCCCCUUCCACUCCUCAGCACAGUGGUCGGGACGCAAACACAACCCCAAAGACCUCCUCUGAUUAUUCCACAGCCCCUCGAUGCUGCAAGACAGACAGCACACACACACACACACACACACACAUACACACAGUACAUGCACACACACACACACAUAAACACGCAGUGCAUGGACACAUCUGUGCAGUGUGAGCACUCGUACACAAACAUGGUAAAAAAAAAACCCGUUCUGACCAAGCCAUUGGCCUGCACAGUUUUUAGUGAUUGUAAUGAGAAGAAGAGAAACUGAUGAAAGCAUAAAAUCUAUUCAUCUAUUGGCUCCUGAGAAACGAACAGGAGUUGGGAUGUAGUGUGACCAAUCUUUGCACCUUCAGUUAUUGCCAUUAUGAAAAGACUGAGUCCUCACUGGCCGGAGCUGAUUAUAUAUAUAAAUAUAUAUUUGUCUGUAUGUCUGCUGGGGUUUAACGUCCCCCCCCUCAACCUGUGUGAACAGGCACCGUAAAGAGAUUAUGUAAAGAGACUACGUGGUUGUGAGGCUUUUGAAGAAUCAACGUUGAAUUCGACACUGACCGGCUCCCGACAGAGCGCGGAGGAAAACAAAGACGAGGCGGAAGAAAAAAAAACGGACUCAUAGCAGUAGUGAAAUUUAAGGACAACAACGACGCGACGAGCUCACCACCAGAAAGGAAAAGUAGAGUUUUAACCAAGCUUCUUCUGAAUCUCCCCGUGGAUAUGCUGUUGCUUUUUCUCUCGUUAUCGUGGAAAAUAACCCGUUUUACCGUGGCCUGUUUUUUCUCUCUCGUGGCUCUAUUGUGUUUCUUCUCCAGCAUAAAAAAAAAAAAAACAACAAAAAACUCUGGACAAAAAAUUAAAAAAGAAAAAAAAAAGAAAAAAGGUGGUGGGGGGGAGGACGAAAUCAGUCUGUUCCUUCCCCCCCCCAAAAAAAACCUCCCACCCCACACAGUUUUAAUCGUACCUGGGGGUGGAUAUCCUCCUCCUCGCCCCCCUCUCCCCCUCCCUUUUCCUCCUCCCCCCCUUCCCUCCCUGCCCUACGAUUUCUCACCAGACACAGAAGUGGGGGAGCAGGGGCGUCUGUCGUUUUGUAAAACGUUGAAAUCAGGUGUUUGCACAAUUUGUGCGGCCCUCCUCGUCUGGGACCGCCACAAGUUAAAUCAGGAAAGUAUUGUUCUUACAGAUUGUUUUAGUAGUAAAAAAAAAAAAAUAAUAAUAAUAAUCUUGUUCCGUAUGUUAGCAACCCUCUCUUCCCUUCUUUGCCGCUCUCCUCCCCCCAUCCCCCCCUCCUCCUCGCCUCCUCAAGUAUUGUUAGAAAGUGCCCUUAAGCACUGGUCCCGGGUCAAGCGCUAUGUAGCUCAGGAUGGUUCUGGUUAGGGUUAGUUCAGGGAAAGCAGAUCCUAGACCAGCCCUAGAGGGCAGUCUCUGGAGCCCUCCCCUCUUCCCUCUCUUCUCGACACUUUAUCCUUUCCCAUCAAAUGGUGCAAUAGGACAUUUAUUUUUUUGGAAAUGGGUGGGUUAUUUUGUUUUUUUUUUUCUUCUUCUUCUUCUUCGGGGCAAGGCUGUGUGCCAUAGAUAUUAAAUCCAGUGCAGUCAGUCAGUGAGAGGAAUGAGCUGUUGUGAUACUAUCUUUAACUAUGGUAUAAAAAACAAAACAAACAAACAAAAAAAAGAAUCACACAAUUAUUGUUAUUGUUGAAGAGAUAGAGAGUAUAACUUACUAAAAGUCAAAGACAAUUUUUUGAAUAGCACUUUUUGGCUCUUUGCUUCUUCGGUGAAGAGUGGGGGUAGUUAUUAUUAUGGGUAUCUCUUUUAUUUCUCUGUAUACAGUUGGAUGUGUGAAAACAAAAAAUAUAUAUAUACUGGUAUUUCCAUAUAUGUGCAUUUA